UGUUUGAUGCCACCCACAGGUCUCCUGAUAUGACUCUUGACUGCUGAACGCUAAGACAAAUUUGAGCGUGGCUAAGAAAUGGCCUUUAACAAAAAAAAAAUUCUAAGGAAUAUCUCCUUCAUCUUUGUUACUUUGUCAGUCACUUACCUUGUAAUGAAUGGUCCAAGAAAAGAAUGCAACCGGGGUGGUCAACUGGACAUGGCACACUUGAUAAAGCAUGACGCCGGGGAAUUACAAGCUUGCUCGGCCAUCAUCCAAGGAGACAUGGAUGGAGUGCAAUCAUCGCAUUUCAACAAGCUCAUGACUUCAAAGAAAAGAACAUCACUUUUAUCAGAGUCCUUCUACCUAAACGCAACUAAGGACUGCCAAGCUUACAUCAGCGACAGAGGCUUUCUAACCAUGCCUUUGAGCAAGGAGGAGAGAGAUUUUCCCAUUGCUUACUCCAUGGUGAUCCAUGAGAAGAUUGAAAUGUUUGAGAGGCUCUUGCGAGCCAUUUAUUCUCCUCAGAAUGUAUACUGUGUUCAUGUGGACCUGAAGACACCUGAGAUCUUCAAGGAGGCUGUAAAGGCUAUCGUGUCAUGCUUUCCCAACGUGUUUGUGGCCAGUAAACUGGAGAGUGUGAUCUAUGCCUCCUGGUCUCGAGUUCAAGCUGACCUCAAUUGCAUGCGGGACCUUCUCAAGUCUCCGGUCCAGUGGAGGUAUCUGCUUAACACCUGUGGUGCAGAUUUCCCCAUCAAAACCAAUGCAGAAAUGGUUCAGUCUCUGAAACUUCUCAAUGGAAGGAACAGUAUGGAAUCAGAGGCCACAAAUAACUACAAAAAAGGGCGCUGGGAAUACCAUCAUAAUGUCACAACUACUGUGACUCGGACAGGCAUUAAAAAGACCCCUCCACCCAUCAAAACCCCCAUGUUCUCCGGGAACGCUUACUUUGUCACCUCACGAGAGUUUGUGGAGUAUCUAUUCCAGAAUCAGGAGAUCUUGAACUUUAUGGAAUGGGAGAAGGACACAUACAGUCCAGAUGAACACAUGUGGGCUACACUACAGCGGAUGCUCGACGUGCCAGGAUCCAACCCACCCAACGAAAAAUAUCAUGAGUCCGACAUGCUGUCCAUUGCGAGACUGGUGAAGUGGAGCUAUCUAGAGGGGGAUGUGAGGAAAGGAGCACCAUACCCACCAUGCAGUGGAGGACACAGACAUGCAGUGUGUGUUUAUGGCGCAGGGGACCUGAAAUGGAUCUUGAAGCAGAAACAUCUUCUUGCUAACAAGUUUGACCCAGGGGUGGACAAUAUUGCUAUAAAAUGCUUAGAGGCUUUUUUAAGGUACAAAGCUAUUCAUGGUCAGUCAUUACUCACCAUUGAAAAAGCAAGUAUAACAAAAUGAACCGUUCAUAAUAAAUUAUUCUGAGAAUUCUUUAGGUCUGUACAUUCUCGUUGUUGUACAUACAACAUAUUUUAUAUUUAUAUAUAGAAAUGUUUUAAAACAUUUUUCUGCUGUUCAUAAAUAGUAGAUCAGAUGGUAGUCUGUGUCACUGUAAACCCUAGCAGUUACAAGAAUCAUAACUAUAAUUGGAAAAACUAUAACCAUGCUGGAGUCUGUACUGUGAAUUUAGAUAGAUAGAUAGAUAGAUAGAUAGAUAGAUAGAUAGAUAGAUAGAUAGAUAGAUAGAUAGAUAGAUAGACAG